AUUUUUAAAGUUUGUUUGGUCUCUCCAAACCUCGCGAUAUCUGCUAUCAAUUCUCCGAGCUUUGGUGGUUGUUCUGCCGCGGCUCUCGCGCUGUUCGCCUGAUUUAACUAAAGUGGUGCGCGUCCACAUCGUGCGUGAUUCAAAGGAAUGUCAGCCGCAGGAACGCUGCUGUGUGAAGCGGACAGGAGACGCGGCGUCAUGGCCCAGCCAAAAACCCUCGAAGCAUACGUGGGAUUUGCAAACCUUCCCAACCAGGUGUACCGCAAAUCGGUCAAGAGGGGGUUUGAGUUCACCCUGAUGGUUGUUGGAGAAUCUGGGCUCGGCAAAUCCACGUUGAUCAACUCCCUCUUUCUGACAGACCUGUAUUCCCCUGAAUAUCCGGGUCCAUCCCAUCGGAUCAAGCAGACUGUGCAGGUGGAACAGUCAAAGGUUCUCAUAAAGGAAGGAGGGGUGCAGCUUCUGCUCACUAUUGUGGACACCCCCGGCUUUGGUGAUGCUGUGGACAACAGUGGCUGCUGGAAGUCGGUGACGGACUAUAUUGACAGCAAGUUUGAAGACUUCCUCAACGCAGAGUCGCGGGUCAACAGGCGGCAGAUGCCCGACAGCAGAGUACACUGCUGCCUGUACUUUAUUGCUCCGUCCGGACAUGGACUGAAGCCGCUCGACACAGAGUUUAUGAAGUACUUACACGAGAAAGUGAACAUCAUUCCUCUCAUCGCCAAAGCUGACACACUGACUCCUGAGGAGUGCCAGCAGUUCAAGAGACAGAUAAUGAAGGAAAUCCAGGAAAAUGAAAUCAAAAUAUAUGAAUUCCCAGAGACGGAGGAUGAGGAAGAGAUGAAGAUGGUCAAAAAAAUAAAGGACCGUUUACCCUUGGCUGUGGUGGGCAGCAACACAAUUAUCGAGGUUGAUGGGAAACGAGUUCGUGGGAGGAAGUAUCCCUGGGGGGUGGCUGAAGUGGAGAACUCUGAACACUGUGACUUCAUGAUUCUGCGCAACAUGCUGAUCCGAACCCACAUGCAGGACCUCAAAGACGUGACGAACAAUGUUCAUUAUGAGAACUUCCGGAGCGGGAAGUUAGCAGCGGUGACGUGUAACGGUGUGGAGAAUAAGCACAACGGACAGCUAACCAAAACUGACACAUCUGACGGCAUGAGUCCUCUGGCGCAGAUGGAGGAGGAGCGGCAGGAAAACAUGGGCAGAAUAAAAAAGAUGGAGCAGGAAAUGGAAAAUGUGUUUGAGAUGAAAGUCAAAGAAAAGCUGCAGAAACUCAGAGACUCUGAGGCUGAGCUCCAGAAACGACACGACCAGAUGAACAGGAGCAUAUUAGCUCAACACAGAGAUCUGGAGGAGAAACGGCGUCAGCUGGAGGAGGAGAUUGCCACCUGGGAGACUCAGCAGAGGAUCCUGGAGCAGCAGAAGCUGGAGACCCUCAAGGGUGCAAACAAAAAGAAGAAAAUCUUUUAACUCAGGAGGACGGGUUGUUGCCCCCCCUUUCAACGAUAACUGUGCUUUUCUGUUGGGGGUGCUGCUCUGCUGCACAUCCUCUAAAACCAAUGAUCAGCUGAGAUCUAAGCGUCCACCCCCACAGUGGCAAACAGGACUCCCCCAGAUGGACCAGUUCCUGCAGGAGCAGCUUUUUUUCUUUUCGUUGAUUUGUAUCUUUUUGUGUUUUUUGAAAAUGUAUUCAAAUGUAAAAGUGGGGUUUGUGCUGUUGGGGGGGUAGAGUUCCUCUGGACUGACCAUCAAAGUGGGGAGGGGGCUGAUGGUUAACUAACAGCUACUGUAGAUUAUGUUUUUAUUGAUUGAAUUGACAAUAAAAUUUUGGUAGGAGGAGCUUCA